CUCCUAAACACGGGAGAAAAUGGGUAAAAAGGGCAAAAAGGAGAAGAAGGUGAAGGGGGCGGAGAAGACAGCCGCUAAGAUGGAGAAGAAAGUCUCUAAGAGGUCCAGAAAAGAGGAGGAGGAUCUGGAGGCGCUCAUCGCAGAGUUUCAGCUUCUGGACGCUAAGAAGACGCAGGUGGUGGAAAGCGCGUGCCCACCGCCGCCCCCCAGGCUUCACGCGUCUCUGUGUGCGCACCCUGAGAAGGACGAGCUGAUUUUGUUUGGAGGAGAGUAUUUCAACGGAAAAAAGACGUAUCUCUACAAUGACCUCUUCUUCUACAAUAUAAAGAAGAACACCUGGGUCAAAUCAGACAUCCCCAGUCCUCCUCCGCGGCGCUGUGCUCAUCAGGCAGUGGUGGUGCCUCAGGGAGGGGGGCAGAUGUGGGUAUUUGGGGGAGAAUUUGCGUCUCCUGACGGUGAGCAGUUCUAUCACUACAAAGACCUCUGGGUUCUUCACCUGAACACGCACACCUGGGAACAGAUCAAGGCUCCUGGCGCCCCCUCAGGCAGAAGUGGGCAUCGCAUGGUCUUGAGCAAAAGGCAGCUGCUUGUGUUUGGAGGAUUCCACGAGAGCGCAAGGGAUUAUAUCUACUAUAAUGACGUUUAUGCCUUCAACCUGGACACUUUCACCUGGUCCCGACUGACCCCGUCUGGCACCGGGCCCUUACCUCGCUCCGCCUGCCAGAUGACCCCCACACUGGAUGGCACUGGGGUCAUUAUCUAUGGUGGAUACUCUAAAUCUAGAGCCAAGAAGGAUGUGGAUAAAGGAACCAUCCAUUCAGACAUGUUCCUGCUGAAGAGAGAGGGCAAAGACGAGCAAGAGAAAUGGAGCUGGUCGAGGGUGAGCCCCUCCGGGGUGAAGCCGCCCCCUCGGUCGGGGUUCUCUAUGGGUUUAGGACCCGCAGGCCGGGCGCUGCUCUUCGGAGGAGUGUGUGAUGAGGAGGAUGAGGAGACUCUGGAGGGAGAUUUCUUCAAUGACCUUUACCUUUAUGACGUCACUAAGAACCGCUGGUUCCCUGGACAGCUCAAGGGGGGCAAGUCGGAGAAGAAAAAACGUCGACGAGGGAAGAAAGGAGUGGAGGAAGGGGGUCAGACGGAGGGGUCGCCUCAGGAGAGCUCAGAGGAGGCACAGCAGCCAACAGAGAUCAUCAAGGAAAUCGUCACAGAGGAUGGAACGGUUAUGACGAUAAGGGAGGUGAUCCCAGCGGCCCAGGCUGUGGCGGAGGAGAGCGAGGAGGAGGAGGAGGAGGAGGAGGAGGAAGAGGAAGAAGGAGCUGCGGCCGCUCCAAAGGUGGAGCCGUGUCCGAGGUCGAACGCCAUGGUGACGGUGAAACACGGGAAGCUGUAUUUGUACGGAGGCAUGUUCGAGGUGGGCGACCGGCAGUUCACUCUGAACGACUUCUACUGCCUCGACCUGCACAAGCUGGAGCAGUGGGAGGUGCUGGUGGAGAUGGACCCCAAAACCCAGGAAUGGUUAGAAGAGUCUGAGUCAGAUGAUGAAGGUGACGAAGAUGAGGCUAAAGGUGGUGAGGAUGAAGAUGAUGAUGAAGAGUCUUCUGAGGAAGAGAGUGAUGAAGAAGAAGAGAACGAGCACCCCCCAGUAAAGCCUGGAGAGACCCUGCCUGAUUAUCAGAGUCGGACUGAAGCUUACUGGCAGGGUCUCGCUCGGAACAACAUGGGCCCCGACGCCAAAGACAAGAAGGUUCAGAAAGUGGGGCUCGCCAUGGCCAAAGUGUUCUUUGAGGAUCAGAAUUAGGAGUGCACUGAUUUUUGCGUAUGUGUGUGUGUGUGUGUGAGAGAGAGAGAGAGAGAGAGAGAGGAAGAAUGAAUGUUAGUAUGUUUGUACAUUUGUCUAUACACCGAUCAGGCAUAACAUUCUGACCACCUCCUUGUUUCUACGCUCAUUGUCCAUUUUAUCAGCUCCACU